AACACAUUUAAAUUUUCAUCAAAAACGUUAUGUCGAAGGAGUGCCUUUGAUUAACACAUGCGCAGUUCGGCGCGAAACAACCAAUUGACCCAAUGACGUGUUUCUGCGCAUGAGUUUAGCUAGCCAACGUCGCCAUGACAUUACCUACAAGCAUGAUCUGUGAUUUCUUUUGGAGAAGCAAUUUCUGCCUAUCUUAAUACUGUAGGCCUACUGUCUUUGACUUUAGUGCCUGUUGUUCACAAGCGUAUCUGCCCUCUCAUUGGCUAGAAUGGUUCCACCUGAUCUCGCCUCCUCCCACCUGCCUUCCAUCUUUGAGGACAUGCAUUUCCAUUGUUAAAGCGGCCACUCGACUAUCUUAUCAAUAUAAUAUAAAAUCUUUGCUGUGGAUCAGACGCGCUGUCAGGUGCGAAGCUGCUAAUGACACCGCCGCAGCUCCGUUAAAAGUACAGAAUGUGCCAGGAACAAAGAACAAGAGCUUCUCUCUGAUUCUCUCCGAGGAGAGAUCAACCAUGGCCAGCUGGCGGAGAGAAAGCCCGCGGAACCGGGCAGGACAAGGAAGUGGCAGCAUGAGAGCAGCGAGGAAGCCCCAGCAAAGAGAUCCACCCAGCGAGGCAGUUGACGCGGGCGAAUCAAUGACAGAGCUGCCACAAUGGUUGCGGCUCUAUUUCUAUGGGAUGCACGGUGUCACUUUGGAUAUCCUCCUGUCGUCGGCACAGGGUAUUUUGGCUGACAGCGACCCCAAACUGUUCGGCUUUUCCUCCCCGUACCUCUGCAUCAUGCACUCGCUGACGCAUUUCUUGCUGGAAAAAAUAUAUUCGCAAAAGAAGUGCUUUCAAGGACGCCCAGUAGUUUUUCACCUUGUUUUCUAUCCCUCUGUGUACAUCGGGUUACAGAUCCUGAUUGGGAAUAUAAACACGCUGACCGAGCACGUUAGAAUAGUCUCUGCCACUCAUCUCGUAGUUCACUACCUACUGGCCCUGUACUUCACCCAAGUAUUCCACAAGGGGCUUGCGCGGCUGCGCUACCACUGCCCCGGGAAACGGACCCUGGCUACCCCGGCAGAGCGCACACUGGAGCCGCUGCCUAAUAACGGCCUGCCCGAUGUUGUGCGAUUCCUCUUCUUUGGAAUGCAUGGCUUUCUGGACGAGAUCAUUUUUACCUCGAUAUUCAACCUUGUGGAGAAAUCGGAUCGGACCAUGAGCGGCCACACGUCCCUGUGGUCCUUCCUGAUGUACGGGAGCUGCAGCCUCGUUGUAGAGAAACUCUACCUGCAUUUGCACUUCAGACGGGGCUGGAGCACCUGGAGGCGACUCCCCAUCUAUAUCUGCUUCAUCUACACCUGGGAGUUCUGUUGGGGGCUGGCGCUGCGGCAGUACGGCGCAUGCUCCUGGGACUAUUCCCACUAUCCAUUCAACUUCAUGGGCCUGAUCACGCUCCUCUACCUGCCCGGAUGGGUCUGCAUCAGUCUCUACCAGGAUAUUCUGUCCAACGUUCUGCUGCGCGUGGUGGUGUGUGCCAAAGACGAGGAGCGAGGGCACUCAUGGCAGGGCGCGGGCGUCAACGUCUGCCCCGUGUCCAGGAAAAAACAUUUAUUAUAGGCCUAGGCCACAUUUGAUCUAGGGACUAUUGAUACUAAUACAAAUGAUGAAGAGGACAUUUAAGACCAUCAAUGGUGUACCCGCACUUUGUAACAUAAUGUGUAUUUCCCUGAUGGAAAUGUGGAAUUGAUGUAGCUGUUUAGACAUCAUCGUUUAUCAGUGAUUCUAACGAUUAGCCUAUCAAUUUGUGACAGGUAGCCUAAACACACAGACAUGCCUUGCCUGCCAUUUCUGCUGUGAUGACAACUGCCAUUUCUAACUUUGAUGUAGAUGAAACAAUUAUAUUUUACAAUUUA